CGGCGCCAGGAGCGUCGCGCGAGCUCGCGAGGGAGCGGUUCGGCGAGCGCGCGUGGGAGCUUCGCUGAGCGCGCGCCCCCGCGCGCGGGACGUCGCCGCGGGGCGGCGCGGGCCGCGGCGGGGAGCGCGGCGGAGCUAGCGGGGCCGCGCCAGCAGGGGAGCGUUGCCACAACACUCGCGGGCGUGCGCGGUCGAGACAAACCCAACACUCGUCGCGCUGCAGAGCGGCGAUGCGGGGACGGUGCGGGUCUCGUCCGUAAGAGAACACAUCCGAGCUCGUCGCAGCCCACAAAACACACGUCGCGUCUCCUCCCUCUUAUCCACUCAGCUCAUGAUCUCGCGUACUCGCGUCUCUCUUGACGCUCCUCGUCCGCGACAUCACAACAAAACAAGCGGUGAUAAUCUACGAGGAGCGUCGGUAACUCAAUAUCUGGAUGAAUCCAGCAUCACUAACUCUGCUAUCGUCUAUCUCUAUAUCUCUCUCUCUCUAUCUCUCUCUCUCUCUAUCUCUCUCUCUCUCUCUCUCUCUCUCUCUCUUGUCGGAGUGCAUGCUGGGAGUGAGUCGGGAAGCAGGAACGAUUGUGUACCUAGGAGAAGAGGGGACUAUGGAAAAAAAUGUGAAUGGAGUGGUUGAAAUGGUGGAAGGGAGGAAGAGGAGAUGGCGUUGGUUGUUAUCUCGUAUGUCAUACAGGGGGCGCACUAUUAUUGUUAACAAUGUGGUUGCGUCUGCACUGUGGCAUUGUUGUCAGUUUUAGAGCCACCAUCUGGCCUUCUGGCUAAAAUACAGGUGAUUAUUAUAGAUUUAUUUUGGGAUAAAUGUCAUUGGGUUCCACAAAGUGUUUUGUAUUUGUCAAAAGAGGAGGGGGGACAAUGUAUUGUACAUCUUGCUAGUAGGGCUGCUGCUUUGUGGUUGCAGUUUAUUCAAAGGUUCCUUUAUGGACCGGAAAAUGUGGUUUGGAGAGGAGUGACAGGUCUUGUAUUACAGCAGGAAGUAAUACAAGGUUUAAAGAAGGCUUUAUUUUUGGUUGAUAGUAGCCAGAUUUCUAGGGAGGGAGUACCUCCGUUUUACAGAGGCUUUCUUAGGGUGUGGAGCAUAAUGAAGGUGUCCAGACGCACUUCAGCGGAGUCAGUGCAUUGGCUGCUGGAGGAACCUCUGGUGUAUGGGGCAAGACUGGAUUGUACAACUGCAGCUGUUCCACAUUUCUUCAAGAUUCUGGUGAAGGGCAAAAUCAUCACCCUAAAACAGUUAAUGACUAUGGCUGGGCCCACCUUAAUGGAUGGAGGACGGGUGGCUGAACAUUUGGGGGUGAGGUCGGAAAGGAUUGUCGGACAACUGCUGGGAAGCUGCAGGAAGGCUCUGUCAGCAGAAGAGUGGGUUAUGCUUAAUAGUCACAAGAAGAAGGUACAAGAUGAAAACAUCCCAUUUCCAAGACUAGGGAUUACACCCAAUAUCCCAGAGUCAGAAAGAAAGGCGUUAUUACUGGAUUUGAGAGGGUUGGAGGAGGUGGGUUUGGAUGAGGUGAAUGGGAAAGACUUUUGUAGGGGGGGUUUCAAGAUUUUGAAUAAAGAUACAUUGAAAAAUAGAAAAGACACUCCUUGGAGGGUAAAAUUGGGCAUUGAUGACAAGGUAAAGCUAGCAUGGAGAGUUCUGUACAAGCCACCGUUAAAAAAGGGCACUGGUGAUAUGCAAUGGAGGGUUUUGCAUGGCAUCAUUGCAGUUAAUGCUUUUGUAUCUGUUAUUAACUCAGAUGUUGGAGAUGGAUAAGUAAAACAAUUUUUCACUGUUUUAUGGAGUGUGAGAGGAUAAAGCCUCUCUUUAUUUACAGCUGUAGCAGGGAUGUUCAAUAACACUGUUUUUAUUUUGGGGUUUCAAUAUAGUAAGCAACAGAAAAGAAAAUGUAAACUGUUACAUUUUAUUUUGGAACAAGCUAGGAAACAUAUGGGCAGGAUGUAUGAUGUGUUUUUAAAGGAUUAGUCAAAGCGAGAAUAAAAGUGGAUUUUGAGUUCUUCUCAGCUGUAAAAGAUCUCCCAUUGUUUGAGGAGAAGUGGGCUUAUUGUCACGAUCGUUCAAGGAAGUGACGGACCAAGGCGCAGCGUGGUAAGCGUACAUUUUAUUUGUACUCAACACACGAUCAAAACAACAAACCAAACGAUACGUGAAGUCUUAGGUUAACACCAAAACAAACAUUACGGAACAAGAUCCCACAAAUAACUAGUGCCAACAGGCUGCCUAAGUAUGGUUCCCAAUCAGAGACAACAAGCUACAGCUGCCUCUGAUUGGGAACCACCCUGGCCAACAUAGAUAUACAUGAUCUAGAUCAUGAACAUAGAAAAUAAAACAUAGACACUACACACCCUGGCUCAACUUUUAAGAGUCCCCAGAGCCAGGGCGUGACAGUACCCCCCCCCCCCCCCCAAAGGCGCGGACUGCGACCGCGCCAACCAAACACAAGAGGGUAGGGGCCGGGUGGGCAUUCCGCCUCGGAGGCGGAUCCGGCUCCGGGCGUGACCACCACUCUCUCUCUACCCCCCCCGUAAUGCCCCUGGUCUGGUCUGGCCCCGCUGGCCGGAGCUGGACUGGACAUCGGUGGAGCGGAUUGCUCUGGCUCCGGUGUGGAGCAGCUGACCGGUGCCGGACCAGGCACCGGUGGAACAGGCAUGGACUGUGCCGGACUGACGACGCGCACCACUGGCUUGGUGCGGGGAGUAGGAACGGGCCGGACCGGGCUGACGACGCGCACCACUGGCUUGGUGCGGGGAGCAGGAACGGGCCGGACCGGGCUGACGACGCGCACCACUGGCUUGGUGCGGGGUGCAGGAACGGGCCGGACCGGGCUGGCGACGCGCACCACUGGCUUGGUGCGGGGAGCAGGAACGGGCCGGACCGGGCUGGCGACGCGCACCACUGGCUUGGUGCGGGGAGCAGGAACGGGCCGGACCGGGCUGGCGACGCGCACCACUGGCUUGGUGCGGGGAGCAGGAACGGGCCGGACCGGGCUGACGACGCGCACCACUGGCUUGGUGCGGGGAGCAGGAACGGGCCGGACCGGGCUGACGACGCGCACCACUGGCUUGGUGCGGGGAGCAGGAACGGGCCGGACCGGGCUGACGACACGCACCACUGGCUUGGUGCGGGGAGCAGGAACGGGCCGGGCCGGACUGGGAACACGCACCACUGGCUUAGUGCGAGGAGCAGGAACGGGUCGGGCCGUACUGGGAACACGCACCACUAACUUAGUGCGGGGAGCAGGAACGGGCCGGACCGGGCUGGCGACGCGCACCACUGGCUUGGUGCGGGGGAGCAGGAACGGGCCGGACCGGGCUGACGACGCGCACCACUGGCUUGGUGCGGGGAGCAGGAACGGGCCGGACCGGGCUGACGACGCGCACCACUGGCUUGGUGCGGGGAGCAGGAACGGGCCGGACCGGGCUGACGACACGCACCACUGGCUUGGUGCGGGGAGCAGGAACGGGCCGGGCCGGACUGGGAACACGCACCACUGGCUUAGUGCGAGGAGCAGGAACGGGUCGGGCCGUACUGGGAACACGCACCACUAACUUAGUGCGGGGAGCAGGAACGGGUUGGGCCGUACUGGGAACACGCACCACUAACUUAGUGCGGGGAGCAGGAACGGGCCGGACCGUACUGGGAACACACACCACUGGCCUUGUGCGGGAAGCAGGAAUGGGUCGGGCCGUACUGGGAACACGCACCACUGGCUUAGUGCGGGGAUCAGGAACGGGCCGGAUCGGACUGGUGACACACACCACUUGCUUGGUGCGAGGAGCGGGACUGGGUUUCCUUAUAAACCUCCGCUCCCUCUGCUGCCUAACCAGUUCCUCUCGCCGUGCCUCUACACUCUCCUUCUCCCUUAUUGCCUCCAGUAGCUCCUCCCUCUGACCAAUUAACUCCUGCUCCCUCAUGACCAAUAGCCCCCGUAACCUGGUGGCCUCCUAUUCUGCAGAUUUGCCCUGUAGCUGCCUCCUGCUGCCCAGUCAUCCACGCCGUGUGCCCCCCCCAAACAUUUUCUUGGGGUUGCCUCUCGCGUGUCCGUCGUCGGCACGGUUGACGCCAUUUCUCCUCUCCUACCUGGGCCUCCUCAUUCAUCGCCCUCCGGUAACGGACGGCCUCCUCCUCCGUGAUUCUCCCCCAACCGAGGAGGACAUCUACCAACGUUACCUCAUGUCUAGUUCCCGGCGUUAGCUCCUGAACACGCUGCUUGGUCCUAUUUUGGUGGGAUCUUCUGUCACGAUCGUUCAAGGAAGUGACGGACCAAGGCGCAGCGUGGUAAGCGUACCUUUUAUUUGUACUCAACACACGAUCAAAACAACAAACCAAACGAUACGUGAAGUCCUAGGUUAACACCAAAACAAACCUUACGGAACAAGAUCCCACAAAUAACUAGUGCCAACAGGCUGCCUAAGUAUGGUUCCCAAUCAGAGACAACAAGCUACAGCUGCCUCUGAUUGGGAACCACCCUGGCCAACAUAGAUAUACAUGAUCUAGAUCAUGAACAUAGAAAAUACAACAUAGACACUACACACCCUGGCUCAACUUUUAAGAGUCCCCAGAGCCAGGGCGUGACACUUAUGAAGGAGCGGUUUGUUUUGUGGAGGAGGGGAAUCUAUUUUUUUAAAAAGAAAUCAGUUGAAUGUGUGUAUAUGCUUUUUUAUUUUUAUUUAAUUUAUUUGUAUGUUUUCAUUUUUAUUUAGGAUUGACACAUUCGUUGUUUCAUUUCUGAAAAGGCACAGUGUGCCAUUAUUUGUGUUAAUACUAGAGUAUAAAAUAAAGGUAUCUCUCUCAAUUCAAUUUUUCAAUUUAAGGGCUUUAGUGGCAUGGGAAACUUAUGUUAACAUUGUCAAAGCAAGUGAAGUAGAUAUUAAACAAAAGUGAAAUAAACAAUAAAUAUUAACAGUAAGCGUUACACUCUGAAGUUCCAAAAGAAUAAAGACAUUUCAAAUGUCAUAUUAUGUCUAUAUACAGUGUUGUAACAAUGUGCAAAUUGUUAAAGUACAAAUGGGAAAAUAAAUAGGUCACAAAUCUUGCUGCUGUGUAAGGGAGUUUAUCAAAAUUGGGUUUGUUUUCGAUAUUCUCUCUCUCUCUCAAGGAAAUAGGAAAAUAAUAGUUCUUAAUAAGAAUAAUGUCAUAUUUCUAAGACCACGUCUUUACGUAACAAACUGAUAAAGACUAAAGACAUAAAGUCCAUUUGCGCUGAGCAGAGGGCGGCCUCUAAGAACAUUUCAAUUUCUAUGUUCAUAUUACUUUCUUAUAACUUUUUCUGUCUGCCUCAUCCAUUUUUCAUAAUUUGAAUGAAGUUAAGAUUUUGUAAGGAGCUGUCUUUUUUAUUCCUUCAGUAGAUGGAUUUCAUGCUUAUGCAAGCUGGUUUGAAUGCUAAUUCUGGAUUUUAAGUAGGCUCUACAACAGCAUGGACUCAAAUGCCUUUUGAAUGAUCAAGUGGAGAAAGUCAUUUUAGUGUACAAAAGCCAAAGUCCCAAAACUGCUGAUACUGGGGUGUUUUUUUGAUAUAGUCAGUUUUGUACAUUUUUUAAAUUAGGAUGGAGUGUAGCCUACUGUAUGGGCUCUGUCAUAUACAGUAAUGGUUUCUGUCAAACAGAUGAGACCACUGAUAUUGUCUGUCUGUCUGUCUGUCUGUCUGUCUGUCUGCCCAUACUCCCCAAACCCACCUGAUAUAACCCUCUGAUGAUUACUGCAGGACCAUGUUUUUAUGUGUCCUUCAAGAACAUUGAUUUGUAGCCUUCACUUUGAAUGAAAAGCUUGAAAAGUGGUUAAAAACAGUCGAAAUGACUGGACUGCAAUAGAUUCUGUCCAAAAGUCUAAUGCUCACCUUUGUAACACAGCUACCUUGUUAUUCUGCCCAUUCAAAAAUAUUCUCUAUUUGCUCAAAGUAAGUAUUUGUAAAAAAUGGCUGUGUUGGUUUUGUUCCAGAGCGGUUCAACGUGUACCUGAUGCCCACUCCCAACCUGGAUAUCUAUGGGGAGUGUACAAUGCAGAUCACCCAUGAGAACAUCUACCUGUGGGACAUCCACAACGCCCGCGUCAAACUGGUCAUGUGGCCCCUCAACUCACUGAGGAGAUACGGACGAGACUCCACUUGGUUCACUUUCGAGUCAGGAAGGUAUGUUUGUGUGUGUGUGUGUGAGAGAGAAUCCAUCAGGUUCACCUAUGAGACAGAAAGGUAUACUCACAGUGACACAUGGUCACCUGCUUAUCUGCUUCAUAGGAGUCCCUUUCACAUCUCUCCUGGAGCUGACCCUAACCCAUUAACAUCUCUCCUGGAUCUGACCCUAACCCUAACCCAUUCACAUCUCUCCUGGAUCUGACCCUAACCCUAACCCAUUCACAUCUCUCCUGGAGCUGACCCUAACCCAUUAACAUCUCUCCUGGAUCUGACCCUAACCCUAACCCAUUCACAUCUCUCCUGGAUCUGACCCUAACCCUAACCCAUUCACAUCUCUCCUGGAUCUGACCCUAACCCUAACCCAUUCAUAUCUCUCCUGGAUCUGACCCUAACCCUAACCCAUUCACAUCUCUGCUGGAUCUGACCCUAACCCUAACCCAUUCACAUCUCUCCUGGAUCUGACCCUAACCCUAACCCAUUCACAUCUCUCCUGGAUCUGACCCUAACCCUAACCCAUUCAUAUCUCUCCUGGAUCUGACCCUAACCCUAACCCAUUCACAUCUCUCCUGGAUCUGACCCUAACCUAUUCACAUCUCUCCUGGAUCUGACCCUAACCCUAACCCAUUCACCUCUCCUGGAUCUGACCCUAACCCAUUCACAUCUCUCCUGGAUCUGACCCUAACCUAUUCACAUCUCUCCUGGAUCUGACCCUAACCCAUUCACAUAUCUCCUGGAUCUGACCCUAACCCUAACCCAUUCACCUCUCCUGGAUCUGACCCUAACCCAUUCACAUCUCUCCUGGAUCUGACCCUAACCCAUUCACAUCUCUCCUGGAUCUGACCCUAACCCUAACUCAUUCACAUCUCUCCUGGAUCUGAUCCUAACCCUAACCCAUUCACAUCUCUCCUGGAUCUGACCCUAACCCUAACCCAUUCACAUCUCUCCUGGAUCUGACCCUAACCCAUUCACAUUUCUCCUGGAUCUGGGACCGGUUUAUCAGCAGGAGAGGAAAACUGGUCCCAUGGGUCCUGAUAAACAACACACACACACGCACAUAUGCACACACGAACACACACACACAGAGUUACAUUGGGAAUAGUCAAAACUUUUUCAAAGGAAGUUUGAACUCCUCUAAACAUGCCAGCAUAUCCACAUGUGCCACCCCCUUCAGGCUAUGAGAUGACAAGGUGUAUCUGCUUUCUGUAGGCAUAUCUGUACCUCACUGUUUCUUUGCGUGUUCUAACCUGUGUGUAUGUAUCUGUAAUAAAACUCUCUCUCCCCCCUCUCUCUCUCUUCUCUCUUCCCAUCCCUCCCUCCUCCCCCCCUUCUCUAGGAUGUGUGACACGGGGGAGGGUCUGUUUACGUUCCAGACGCGGGAGGGAGAGAUGAUCUACCAGAGAGUCCACUCAGCCACCCUGUCCAUCGCACAGCAACAUGAGAGGAUGUUGGUGGAGAUGAAGAAGAGCUCACAGGUAACACACACAGACACACAUAGUACACACACACACACACAUAAACAUUCCCUGUGGAUAUGGCCUAUGUUUCCUUCCCGCCUUCCUUAUUUUCUCUCUCUAUGGUCAGUAUGCUGUAUUUACGUAUGGUUGGCUAGGGGUUGAUGAGCCCUGGCCAUAUGGCCAUGUUCCUGGACACCCUCCAUAUGGGAACACUUCCAAAUACUGCAGUGUAUACUGAAAUACAUUAAUUACAUGAAGAGGUUGUGGAACACAGUGGACACUUUGGUUAUGGGUCAUCAUACCACAAAUAUGACUUUUAAGUUCUAAAGAGAUGUACUUGAUAUAAUUGAAAGAGAAAAGUGCAGUCACUAUAGUUUAAAACACCAGUUUGGCUUGGUUUUGAGAUUAAUUUCAUAUCAUGAUAUUGAUAAAAUGUGAAUUUGUACUGCAUGUCAUUUGUCCACAAUAUGCAGUAGCUACCUGUAAUGCCUGUGGCUGUUUUUCUUACUUUGCAUUCCCUAGAGGUGACUAUGCCCAGAGAUAACAAUUGCAUCCCAAAUUGCACCCUAAUCCCUAUCAAAAGUAGUGGUCAAAAGUAGUGCACUAUAUAGAGAAUCGGGUGUCAUUUGGGACGCAACCAACAUACUGAAGAUGAUGUUGUUGUUGUCUCUGUUUCAGACCCACUCCAACCAGACAACGUUAACCAAGUCCAUCUCUCUGCCUCGCAGUGCCUACUGGCAUCACAUAAUGCGUCAGAACAGCGUGGGAGACAUCUACAGCUACCAA